AGUAUACAUACAGAUAUAUACCAGUUAUAUAUUGAAUUAUAUACAUACAUUAAUUUCUACACAAAUUUCGAGUCACAUAAUGGCAACUUGCAGGGAGCGUUUCGCUUAUCCCAAUAAAAGCGUUUGCUCUUCAGGACGUCGAGCUACGUUCUAUUAUCCUGGCGGUGGAACAUAUUCAGGAUAUUGGUUAUCCAACAAGCAGCAUGGCUGGGGCAUAAAGACGUCCCCGAAACGAACUAGCGAAGACUUUGCCAAUAAGAAGGUACCCAACGGUCAGUUGGUCUAUGAGGGUGAAUGGUUCCAAAACAAACGUCAUGGUAGUGGCUCUAUGCUGAGAAAACAUGGACCCGAAUUAAAAUUAAUCUAUGCUGGUCGUUGGUAUAAUGGCGAGAAAUGCGGCGAAGGCAAACAGAUAUAUGCCGAUGGUUGUGUUUACUUUGGCAAUUGGCAAAAAAGUCAACGACAUGGCAUAGGUAUCCAAUGGAAUGCGAAUGGUGAUAUCUAUGUGGGCGAAUGGGAAUCGGAUCUAAGGCAUGGCUUGGGGGUUCAAUUCUAUGCUAAUGGCAAUCGUUACGAGGGACACUUUGCUCGUGGUUAUAAGAAUGGCGAGGGAGUCUUCUAUCACAUGCAUACCGGACAAAUCCAGAAGGGAAUGUGGGAGAAUGAUAAUGCCAAAGCCUCUCUAAUGCAGGACGAGGCUUCAAUACGUCGAAAUGAUAAUCCCACACCUUAUCCCAUUCCCGCCAACUAUCUCAAAUAUCCCAAUGAGAUUAUACGAGAACUAUUCCAGAGAUAUAAAGAGUUUGGUGAAAAAAAUCCACGUCCAUUCAAUGACAAGUUGUGUCUGAAAUUCAUCCAUCAUAAUCGGGAAUUCGCCGCAUUGGAGCAGCGUUUUGCCUCACCCACCAUGGUGGAUCUGUAUACGGAUGCAGGAUUCCCUUGCACUUGUGAUUGUCAGCAGCGCUCCAAAAAUUAGAAAUAAGAGAGAGAGAGAGAGAAAGAGAUUUCAAACACGAUGAAAAUUUAAUUUCUUGAUCAUUAUUCUUUCAGUUCUAAUAUAAUUCCGCUUUAGUCUUACUACUGGAUUACCUUUUAGUUAGUUCAGGUGCUAGAUUAGCAAAUGCUACAGGCCCCGAGGCAUUAGAAAUCUAUUAAAAGAAUUUGGAGCACUGAAAAA